AUGGGCCUCCCCGAAUUCGUCAAGGUGGGUAAGGUGUUCCAGGCAAUGUCCUCGAACUUAAAAAGCAUGCUGGAACUGUCUAAAAAUCUUCACGGCCUGCUCUAUUCAAAGCCCUCAGAAGACGCAAAGCUGGAGGUGGCAGCUGAGGAGGAGGAGAUGGAAACAGAGCAGGUGGAACCAGACUCCUCACAAUCCGCUGACAUUUGCACUCCUAAAAAGACCCCCAAAAAGAGCCGGAAAAGUGAAAAACAUCGCAGAUCCCUGGAAUCACCGACUACCGCGUCGAAAAAGCGGAGGCGCUCUUAG